CACACAGAAAGGAUUGGUGUUCAUCAUGGGUGCAUCUGUAUCCAGUCUUGCCCCCACUAUUCUAGCAGAGUCUGCAAUGUCAGUGCCUCAUUUUGGUGGGGCGUCCCCACCCCCUGGGUGUCCCAUGCAUCAAGAGCCACCUAAAAGCUCUCCGCCUCCUGAUUGCCCGAUGCAUCAGGCUCCGACGCCACCGGCUGGCCCAGCGCAUCAGGAGAGAGCUUAUGAGUUUGUCGAAUGUCCCAUGAGAGCUUCUGAAUUACUGUUCGUUUCAAACACACAUUUGUCUCUGGGCAGCGAGUGUCCAUGUGGUCCAUCUCUGAGGAGAUUCGGGGGAAAAGCCAAAGAGUUCUCACCCAGAGCAAGAAUACGUCAUUGGAUGGGAUAUGAAUUGCCUUUCGACCGACAUGAUUGGAUCGUAGAUCGGUGCGGAAAGGAAGUCCGAUAUGUCAUUGACUACUACGAUGGGGAUAUUAAUAAAGACACCUACCAGUUUUCCAUCCUGGACGUGCGUCCAGCCAUCGACUCUCUAGAGCAGGGUUCCUCAAAUCUUGCCCUGGAGGGCCAA